AUGGAGCCAACCAAAGCAGCAGCGGGUGAGCAGCGCAGCGCGGAGCAGGCUGCGUCUCUGUUCAGGACCGGGGACCCAGAGAUCCAAAGACGCGCGUCCCGCAAGAAGAACAGCCACUGGAAAGUCAUUAUAGCGGUCCUGCUGCUCUGCUUUCUAGUGGUGGUGUUGGCUGUGGCGUUCUCUCUGAGGAAGGGAAGCAAAGACAAGGGAAAGCCUUGGCUCCAGGGCACGUUUGACGACCUGCAGCAGCCUCAGUGUCCUCCUGGGUUCACCAAACCUCCGCUCAUCCUGGUUUCUCUGGACGGAUUCAGGGCUGAGUAUCUGAAGGACCACAGCAGCCACAUCCCUGUCAUCAACGCUCUGAGGAAGUACGGCACCACAGCUCCUUACAUGCGGCCGGUUUACCCCACCAAGACGUUUCCAAACCACUACAGCAUUGUGACGGGUCUUUAUCCAGAGUCCCAUGGUAUCGUGGACAACAAAAUGUACGAUGUGAAGAGAAACGCCUUCUUCAGCCUCAAAACCGCCGAGAAGUUCAAAGCCGAGUGGUACCAAGGCGAACCGGUUUGGGUGACAGCAAUGCGUCAGAAUUUAAAAACAGCCACUUUCUUUUGGCCUGGGUCAGACGUGAACAUCACAGGGACGUUCCCCACUUUCUAUCACACGUAUGACAAAAAUAUACAGUUUGAACAGAGAGUUACAACAAUGUUCGAAUGGUUCAGUUUACCUGAAGGACAAAGACCAGACUUCUUCACGCUGUACCUGGAUGAACCGGACUCAGCGGGACAUCGCUAUGGUCCAGGGAGCCAACAGGUGGUCGAAGCUCUGGAGGGCGUGGACCGGAUCAUGGGGAUGCUGAUGGACGGGCUCAAAGAGAGGAACCUCCACAAGUGCGUCAAUCUGAUCGUUGUUUCUGACCACGGUAUGGAGGAGGCGUCCUGUGAUAAAGCCGUGUUUGUGUCGUCUUUGGUCAACAACACCGAAGAUUUCUCUGUGAUCCAGGGCCCGGCCGCACGGAUCCGGCCCCUGCAUCUUCCUGAGGACUUUCUAUCGUUUGACUAUGAAGCACUGAUUGAGCGUCUGUCGUGCAGGACUCCUGAUCAGCCAAUGAGAGCCUUCCUCAAAGAGAACCUCCCGAAACGCAUGCACUUCGCCCGAAACCAGCGCAUCGAGAGGGGGCAUCUGUACAUGAAGGAGGGCUGGCAGGCCGCCAUGACUAGGAAGGAAAUGAAGUACUGCAGCGGGGGCUUCCACGGCUCCGAUAACCUCUUCAGGAACAUGCAGGCUAUUUUCAUUGGUUAUGGUCCAGGAUUCAAACACAAGACUGAAGUGCCUCCUUUUGAGAACAUUGAAGUCUACAACCUCGUGUGUGACCUCUUGGAUAUCCGUCCGGCUCCCAAUAACGGUACUCACGGCAGCCUGAACCACCUCCUGAAGAAGGCGCCGUUGCAGCCCGUUCAUCCUGCCCAGCUGUCCCAUGACGUACCAUGUGACGCGACAGACCCCGCCCCCUCUGAUGACCGCCAGUGCACCUGCAGCGAUCAAACUCCAGAAAUGCAAAAAGAGAUGAACACACAACUUCUAAGCGUAGAUUCUGCCGCCAAAGCUCAGUUACGGAGGCGGCACCAGCCCUUCGGCACCCCUCGUGUGGUGGAGUAUGGAGUCUCCUUCUGCCUGCUCCAUCACCGGGACUUCAUUAGUGGUUACAGCCAGGACAGACUGAUGCCCCUCUGGGUCUCCUACACCCACCUGCCCCUGGCAGAAGUGGUUCCUCCCAGCAGCUCGUGUGUGCGCGCCGACGUCCGCAUUGACCCAUCCCAAUUGCAGAUGUGCAGUCGCUACGGAGAUGACCCGGAGCUCACCUUCGGGCUCUUGCACCCGCCCAACGGGCCUGGGUCGGACUCUCUGCUCAACACUAACAUGGUCCCCAUGUUUCCUGCCUUUCACGCCAUUUGGGAAUACUUCCAUUCCACCCUGCUCCCCAAAUACUCCAAGCAGCUGAACGGGGUCAAUGUCAUCAGUGGACCUAUAUUUGACGAAGACUACGACGGGAAUGUGGAUAAAGCAAAACCAGUUAUAGAUUUUCUGGCCCCGACACCGACACAUUUCUUCGUGAUUCUGACGAGCUGCAGAAACUCCAGUCUGAGUCCAGAGUCCUGCUCCGGUCCACUCUCAGUCCAGGCCUUCAUCCUGCCCCACAGAGCGGUCUACAGAUACGACUGUGACUCGCAGCAGAUAGAGACGUGGGCAGAGGAGUGGAUGAAGUUCCACACAGCCCGAGUUCGGGACAUCGAGCUUCUCUCAGGACUGAGUUUUUACCACGACAGGAUAUCAGUGGAAGAGACGCUACGACUUAAAACGUAUCUACAGACUGCAUAA